AUGUAAUUCCGGGUAACUAACUAUGUACAUGUACCAGGUUACAUCUUCGUAUGUAGCUUUAGGUACCUAGGUACUUCAUACUUUUACAUAAUGAGCUUAGCUCAAAUUAUGGGGUUUGGAGAUUCCUCAGCCACAUGGCCAACGUCAGACCGUCUCGGCCUCAGCCUCAGAUGGAACUUGGGUUUCGCAAGGUUCACGCCCGUUAAAUGAAAGGUAACCUGGUACUUAACAUCAACUGACGAACGCCUAACCUCCAAAACUAAACCCCACCCACCGAAGCUGCAAGCAGCCUCGCCCACAGCUGGCGAGCACGGCUUAACGUUAUUUUAUUUCUAUAUCUUCGUUCGUUCUAGACGUUGCCGAAAGGUUUUGUCGAAAACAUGGCAGCUCCUCCUCCCAUCGUUCUCGAUGGAGGUACCGGUUUCCUAAAGGUCGGAUACGCCGCACAAAACUUUCCCGAAUUCCAAUAUCCCUCUAUUAUCGGCCGACCCAUCCUACGAACGGAGGAGAAGAACAGUGACAAUGAUUUUGUCCUCAAGGAUAUCAUGUGCGGUGACGAGGCGGCGGCUGCACGAACCAUGCUCCAAGUCUCCUAUCCCAUGGAGAACGGUAUUGUGAAGAAAUGGGACGAUAUGCAGCACCUCUGGGAUUACACAUUCUACGAGAAGAUGAAGAUUGAUCCCAAAGGACGCAAGAUCUUGCUUACCGAACCCCCUAUGAACCCCCUGAAGAACCGGGAACAGAUGUGCGAGGUCAUGUUCGAGCGCUACGGUUUCGGGGGCGUCUACGUAGCCAUCCAAGCCGUGCUAGCCUUGUAUGCUCAAGGUCUGAGCUCCGGUGUCGUCGUCGAUUCUGGCGACGGAGUUACACAUAUCGUCCCCGUUUACGAGUCAGUCGUGCUCAAUCAUCUCACUCGGAGACUUGACGUGGCCGGGCGAGACGUAACACGCAAUCUCAUCGCCCUGCUUCUACGACGAGGGUAUGCGCUCAACCGAACGGCCGACUUCGAGACUGUGCGUCAAAUUAAAGAGAAGCUGUGCUAUGUUUCAUACGAUCUAGAAUUAGAUAAGCGUCUUAGCGAGGAUACAACGGUGCUGGUGGAGAGCUACACAUUACCUGACGGGCGAGUAAUCCGAGUAGGUAGUGAGCGGUUUGAAGCUCCCGAGUGUCUGUUCCAGCCUCACUUGGUAGAUUGUGAACAGCCGGGUAUCGCCGAGUUCCUAUUCAACACCAUCCAGGCUGCCGAUGUUGAUGUGCGCUCUUCUCUUUUCAAAGCGAUCGUCUUGUCUGGUGGCAGCAGCAUGUAUCCAGGUCUCCCGUCACGGUUGGAGAAGGAGCUGAAGCAAUUAUGGCUCACGCGUGUACUUGGUGGCAAUUCUGAAAGACUGAAUAAGUUCAAGGUGAGGAUAGAGGACCCUCCUCGCCGUCGGCAUAUGGUUUUCUUGGGCGGAGCAGUGUUGGCCAACAUCAUGGCCGACAAAGAGAGUAUGUGGAUCACGCAACAAGAAUGGGCUGAGCAAGGGCCGAGGAUUCUGGAGAAGCUAGGGCCUCGAUAGACCCGGGCAAGUCCAUUUAACUAGCAGUCGAGAAGGAGUUCAGAGUACCAUGCCCGUGGAGUUUAUAAAGUUGUAGCAAAAUGACUUAAAAUGACCUUAAGUGAAUUAGCCUAAGGCGACAUUUGAUCUUAUUUAUUUCAUACAAUGCAAUUCCAAUAGACACAGCCUUCUGGAGUGAGC